AUGACGAGCAUCAAGCGCAUCGUCAUUACCAGCCUCGGGAAUCCGGGCCAAUACCGAGACACGUACCAUUCUAUAGGCCACAUUGCGCUCGAGGCGUUACAAAAAUCAUUAACACACGACCAACCGCCCUUCACGCCCGAGAAGAUCGGCAGCCAGUACACCCUCGCGUCGGUCGGUCCGCGAAUCACACUAUGGCAGAGCCCGUCGGUCAUGAACUACUCGGGCAAGUGGCUCAACAGAGCGUUUACAAGCUACGUCAAAGAUAACGAUCUCCAGCUCACCGAUACGGCGCUGAUUGUCGUGCACGACGAGCUGGAGGCCGAGCUGGGCGCGAUCAAGACACGGGCCUGGGGGCAGAGCCCGCGCGGCCACAACGGCGUCAAGAGCUUGCACGAGUCCAUGAGGUGCCGCAACUACCCGUGGGCGCGCCUUGCCGUCGGCACGGGGCGGCCGUCUUCGCGCGCGAACCACGCCGUGUCCGAGUUCGUGCUCAGUAAGGUUACGAACCGCUGCCGCUCCGUAAUCGAGGAAACGGCGCCCCACGGCAUCUUCCAGGCCGUGACCGCGCUGGUCGAGGGCUGGGAGCAAGAACCCGCGCCGAAGCUGGAAGAAAGAGGUGGCCCCGGCGGAUACCUGUGUAUCGACUGGAUUACGACGCUAAGGUGA